AUGGCGCACCAUCAUCCAGUGGUGCUGCUGCUGCUACUGCUUGUGAAGAUAACGCUGCUGCUUCCCGCUGCUUGUCUCGCUUGGGGAGUGCUGAGCAGCCCCGACGCAUUGCCCACGAGCACGGCGAGCAGUCUGGGCUUCCUUCUGCCCUGCAACAAGUCCGAGUCCCAGGAGAAUGUGACCGACGACCGGCCAGAGGUGGCAAUCGCUUUCCUCGGUACUUUCAACAACAGCCGGAUGCUCGGAAAAAUGGUAUCCGGUGCUGUGCCCUUGGCAGUAUCCCACAUCAAUAGAGAUGACAGCUUGCUUCCGGGGUAUCGAGUGACCUUCCGACCGGAGAAUGUGGGCCAAGUGGGCACAUCAUCGGCCAUCCGCAAGAUGACGGCCCUGUGGCAGAGCGGCGUCGUGGCCUUCAUUGGACCGGACGAGAACUGCUAUGCCGAGGCACUAGUCGCUGACGCCUGGAACCUGCCCAUGAUCACUUACCGCUGUUCCGAUUUGCGAGUGUCCGGCCGGUCGUUCGGAACGUUCGCCCGAACUCUGCCACCGCUGUCCAAGGUCUCCAAGUCGGUCAUAUCUUUGCUACGUCACUAUCGCUGGGAUCAGGUGGUGUUGGUGGUCUCCGACCGUGGUGACAACAGGCUCAUUGCGGACGUCUUGAGUGCGCAGGCGCGCGACCAUAACGUCACGGUGCAGCACACGUACUACGUGCCGAACGACUACAGAGACGACGCCAAUGGAACGAUACGACGCAUUAUCCGUGAUUCCCACACCGCCACAAGAGUGUACGUGCUUUUAGCGGAGACUGGUGUCCUCGUGGAUUUUGUGCGCCUCAUGCAUCAGGUGGGACUGCUGGAGGGUGGCGAGUACGUCAUCGUCUCUGUUGAAGAGGAGGAUACGUACGACCGGAGAAACAAGUACCAGUACAUGAAAAAAGACUGGGAGGACUCUUCCAUCGUGCGGCCGUUUCCUUUCCGAGCCGUGCUUCUGCUGUCGCCUCGUGUGCCCUCUGACGAGCACUAUGGCCGUUUCUCGGAGGCAGUGCUGAGCUACGCCGGCACCCAGCCACUUUGCAUACCAAUGCACACCGAGCUCAAGUUCAAGGUCCCGAUAUACGCCGGCCUGACAUACGACGCCGUUAUGCUGUGGGCCAGGGCCGCAACGCAGGUGCUACGCGAGAACGGAUCGCUCACCAACGGCACUGCGAUUGGGCUGAAGAUACGAGGCAGCCUAUAUCGAAGUGCUCUCGGCUUCGACAUUCGCGUCGACGAAAACGGCGACGCUGAAGGCAACUACACGGUGCUCGGUUUCUCAGUGCCGGAGGAUGACCACCUCACUCCCGUGGGAAGGUUCACUCUCGCUGAGAAUGCCAGCUCUCUGCCCGUGUUUCGGCUUGACAAGGACAUUGCGUGGUUAGGCGGCUCCCCACCCGUCGGAGAGCCCAAGUGUGGCUUUAAGAACGACAAGUGCGCGUCGAAGCAAGACUGGCGAGUCCUUGUAAUUUGCAUCACCUGCGCCUGUGUCGUUCUCGUGUUGGGUGUCUUCGCCUUCAGGCACUACCAUUACGAGUACAAGUUGGCCCGCCUCUUGUGGAAAGUGGACAUGGACGAAGUGGUCGUGCUGCGCACCAACUCAGAGCUUAGCUUCCAGAACACAAACCGUGGCAUGCUGGAGACCACACGCCUUGGUUUUGCGUUCCCGGACGAGCAGCAUUUGCUCAAACUGCGGAGGAGGCUGCAGAGUGCCGCCCCCUGGGUUUGGUCAGCGAACACAGUUCCGGAUACCCAGACUCCAGCGGUGGCCGCAGGGCGCGGCCGCGUCGGUUUCUACAAGGGGAACGUUGUCCACAUCAAGCACGUCUACAAGAAGAGCGUCGACCUAACACGCAGCAUACGCAAGGAACUCAUACAGGUGCGAGAGAUGAGGCAUGAGAACAUCACUCCCUUCAUUGGCGCUUGCGUUGACCCACCAAACAUCUGCAUAUUGACUCUCUUCUGUGCCAGGGGAAGCCUCGAGGAUGUGCUGAAGAACGACGAUCUCGACCUCGACAGUAUGUUCAUCUCAUCUCUGGUGGCGGACCUUAUCAAGGGCAUGAUCUACAUCCACGACAGCGAGGUGUUGUCCCACGGCAACCUGCGUUCAUCCAACUGCCUGGUGGACUCGCGCUGGGUGCUCCAAAUCUCCGACUUCGGGCUGCACGAAUUCCGCGCCGCUCAAACGUGCGCUCCACAAGCGGUCACCGAGAACGCUUAUCGAGGCCUCCUGUGGCGUGCUCCUGAGCUUCUGCGGUCACCUAGUCCACCAGCGCGCGGAACGCAGAAAGGUGACGUCUACUCCUUCGGCAUCGUGCUCUACGAGAUCAUCGGCCGCCAAGGGCCCUGGGGCAACAAGGCCCUAUCGACAAAUGAGGUGAUCGAGCAGGUCAGGCGGCGAAACAGCGUCCCGUACCGUCCACCCACGGACUGCCUCUCCUGCCCCGACUACGUGCUACGAUGCAUGCAAGAGUGCUGGGACGAAAACCCCGACAGUAGACCCGACUUUCGAUUCAUCAAUGUGAAACUGCGACAAAUGCAAGCUGGCCUUAAGCCCAACAUAUUCGAUAACAUGAUAGCCAUGAUGGAGAAGUACGCAAGCAACCUGGAGAGUUUGGUGCAAGAGCGCACCAUGCAACUCCUCGAAGAAAAGAAAAAGACUGAACGCCUCCUCCACCGCAUGCUGCCGAGGUCAGUAGCAGAACAACUGAAGCGAGGCGAGCGAGUGGAGGCCGAGAGCUUCGACAGUGUGACAAUCUAUUUCAGCGACAUCGUAGGAUUCACAGCACUCUCGGCAGUGUCAUCGCCACUGCAGGUGGUGGAGCUUCUCAACGACGUGUACACCUGCUUCGAUUCUAUAAUUGGUGCCUACGACGUGUACAAAGUGGAAACCAUCGGCGACGCUUACAUGGUGGUCAGCGGGCUGCCGCUACGCAAUGGACUCCGUCACGCCGCCCAGAUUGCCUCCAUGGCCCUGCACCUGCUCGCCGCAAUACGGUGUUUCGAGAUUCGCCACCGACGAGGCGAACGGCUCCAGCUGCGCAUCGGCAUUCAUUCUGGUCCUUGCGUAGCCGGAGUCGUGGGGCUGAGGAUGCCAAGGUACUGUCUCUUCGGUGACACUGUAAACACAGCCUCUCGGAUGGAGUCUACCGGAGAAGCCCUGAAGAUACACGUCAGUGAAGCGUGCAAGAAUAUAUUGGAGAAACUUGGCGGCUACUACCUCGUCGAGAGGGGUCUCAUACCAAUAAAGGGCAAGGGAGAGAUGCGCACGUUCUGGCUUGUUGGCGAAGAGGGUGGAGACCCGCCGGGACCUCCAGCUCCCGUCGAUUCUGGCGCAGAUGGUUCCGCGGCAUCGCUGGUCGAUGCCUCGAGCACCGGUAGUACCGAACCUCUGGCGGUCCGAGACGAGAGACCAGCAACGGUGGGUGGACGUGGCGUUUUGAACGAGGAAGUCAGCUGCCUGCUUUCCGAUGGUGUGCACGGCAACACUCCCAGCAGUCCGCGCCGGUACGUCGUCGCCACGCACAACGGCAGCUGCCUGAGCCUCUUCAACGAGUGCAAACGCAGUCUCCUCAAAGAGCUGCGCAGGGACUACUGCACCAGGCCGACGGGGUACAGGUCGGCACCGAUUAUUGUGUGCCGUGACCGACCAUCCGUCGAACCUUGUUGA